UAGGUGCGUGCAAGCAUUGGUCUUGCUCUCCUCUGGGUGACGCGGAUUGGUAGGGGUUCCUCUCAGCUUAAUUCAACUUUAUUUAAUUUUACUUUUUCAAAAAACCCUAGCCUCUGAAACGAGCCAUGAAGUGGGGCUGGGUGUUUAUGACAGUUGUACUGUUUUUUGGGGCAUUUUCCCUGGCCAAGGAGAGCUUGGACUUCCCUGAGUAUGAUGGUAAAGAUCGUGUCCAUGACCUUAAUAUCAAGAACUAUAAGGCCGUGAUGAGGAAGUACGAUGUGCUGGUGGUGUACUACCAUGAUCACCCUGGAUCCAGCCACGUCGCCCAGAGACAAUUUGAGAUAGAGGAGUUGGCUCUCGAGCUUGUAGCCCAAGUACUUGAUGAAUAUGAAGAUGAAGAUAUUGGAGUUGGUCUUAUUGAUGCAAAGCACGACAAAGAUCUUGCCAGGAAAUUAGGUCUGGAGGAGUCCGACAGCAUCUUCAUCUUCACAGAGGAUGAAGUCGUGGAAUAUGAUGGAGAGCUUGCAGCUGACACUCUAGUGGAGUUCAUCUAUGAUGUUCUUGAAGACCCAGUGGAAAUCAUUGACAACAGCAAAGAGCUAAAAUGCUUUAAAAACUUAGAAGAGGACAUCAAACUGAUGGGAUACUUUAAGAAUCACAAAUCCGACCAUUUUGAGGCGUUUGCUGAUGCUGCAGAAGAGUUCCAUCCUCACAUCAAGUUCUUUGCAACAUUUAACCCCAAGAUAGCUAAGGCUUUGGAGCUUAAACUAAAUGAGGUCGACUUCUAUGAGCCCUUUAUUGAAGAUCCUAUGGUAAUUCCUGGUAAACCAUACACCGAGAAAGAGCUGGUUAAGUUCAUUGAAGCCAAUGACAGGCCUACCCUGAGGAAGCUGCAACCACACAACAUGUAUGAGAUUUGGGAUGAUGAUAUUGAUGGUGAACACAUCAUUGCUUUUGCAGAGGAGUCUGACCCUGAUAGCUAUGAGUUCUUGGAGACCCUGAAGGAAGUUGCUGAGGAUAACACUGAUAAUCCCAAUUUGAGCAUCGUAUGGAUCGACCCUGAUGAUUUUCCUUUGCUCGUGCCUCAUUGGGAGAAAACCUUUGGAAUUGACCUCUCCUACCCACAGAUUGGUGUUGUUGAUACUGAAGAUGCUGACAGUGUGUGGAUGGAUAUGGAUGAUGGAGAGGACCUUCCCACUGUAGACGAGCUGGAGGACUGGAUUGAAGAUGCACUGUCUGGAAAAAUUGACCCUGACCAUGACGACGAUGAUGAUGACGAUGAUGAUGAUGAUGAUGAUGACGACGAUGACGACGAUGACGACGAAGAUGACGACGAUGACGACGAUGACGACGAUGAUGACGAUGAUGACGAUGAUGACGAUGACGACGACGAUGACGACGAUGAUGACGACGACGAUGACGACGACGAUGACGACGAUGAUGAUGACGAUGAUGAUGACGAUGAUGACGACGACGAUGAUGACGACGACGAGGAUGAUGACGACGAUGAUGACGAUGACGAUUACUGAAUGAUUUCGUCUUAAUUUACUUAAAAAUUUUGACCAAUACAACUUCAAGAGUCAACAUCAGUGACUGUCACGUUCACACAUUCUUACGCUGAGUUCGUCUUUACGUCAUCAUCUGCAUCUUUAUUCCAUUUUUGUUUGUCCCUUUAGUGCCAACCGUCCUCUUUGUAAAAUAGGCUACUAAAGAUCAUUGUAGUCCACACUCAUACGUUAUACCAAUGAAAUAUUUUUUAUAUCAAAAGAGGAGUUCUAAUGUCUCAGUCCUGUGAAGUCUUUUACAGUAUUCAUGUUUUGUUAAACGUUGUAUAAUUUUCUUAUUUGCCCCACAGACAAAAACAACGUAACAAAUGUUGGAGUGCUGACAGUCCAAUGGAACUGAACUAUCGUCAGCCUCCUCUAUAAAACAAUGUAACAUUGUAUUGUGAAUGUGAUUCGCAACAAAUGGAUGUUUUAUACUGUGACAAAGUAAAACAGUCAAUCUAUUUUUUUAACAAGAAAUAUUUUGGUUAUACUGUUAAGUCUUAAAUAAAUAACAUCUUGGACAUUUAUGCCACAACUGUAGAGUUUUUC